CCAAGAGUUUGCCAAGAGCUCGACCAUAGUGCAUCCUCGCGGUCAUCACUCCCACUAGCAACGGCCUACCUGCCUUACCUACCCUUGUCAUUCUUUACAAUAAAUAUUAUAGCCAUGUACAAGACAGGUGCUGCCUUGAGCAUUCUACUGGGUCUGGCCGGCCCGGUCCUUGGCGUCGCUGUCGCUAAGAUCUCGCAAGAUGCAACUUGCGGCAGCGCCAGCGGAGCAACAUGCCAGGGCUCCGUUUUUGGCAAUUGCUGUUCUCGAUACGGCUGGUGCGGAAGCAGUGAUGCUUACUGCGGAGGUGGCUGUCAAUCCGCUUUUGGUACCUGCAACGGCGCCACCACUGCUUCCGGAUUGACUGUCAGCGAGGAUGCGACCUGCGGCGAAGGCGUCACCUGCAUCGGCUCCGGCUUUGGUGACUGUUGCAGCUCCUACGGUUGGUGUGGCGGCUCGGAGGAUUAUUGCGGCGUGGGCUGCCAGAGCCCCUUUGGAACUUGUAAUGAUGUUUCCAUCCCGUCGGUCUCCGCAGCCGCGAGCGGUAGUACCCAACUCUCGUUGAGCACGAUGUCGAGUUCGGUCCAGGCCGCGUCUUCCUCUCAGGGAUCAUCUGGUACAGCCAGUUCUUCGGGUCCUUCAUCAACGAGUAGCAACGCAGGGGUCACUGGCAGUGCUUCGAUUACUAGUACGGCCUCGUCGUCAGGAAGCAGUGUGGGAUCCACAGUUGUUUCGCCCACUACCACCGGGGCCUCCUCAACCACCGUGACCCCCGCAUUUUCUCCGGCUGGCACAUCUGGCACAUCUUCCUCAGCCGCCUCAACUGGCACAUCCGGUUCCGGCACUGCAUCAAGCACAACCCCGACUUCCCCUUCAAGCUCUCCCGCCGGCAUUAGAAUCUACCAGGAACGGGAUUUGGCGCCUGGAUCACCUGCCUGCAACUACAUCGUCGCCGACAAAAGAGUACAAACCAACAUCCAGGGCGAAGACAAGAGGGAAGCGGCCCUCGCAGAGUGUCAGUCGCUCUGCGAUGCCUACCCCGGGUGCCGCACCUUUUUCUACUACGAAGAGAGCAAAAGUAUUGGCGACCCUAACCUCAAGAAGAUAUACUGCGCAUAUGGUGUUCAGCCCUGGAACGAGGAGUGGUUGCAGUGCGGAGAUAAACGCUAUCGAUUCAGUGUCGGAUACGAGUAUGUCCGGACUGACUUUGGCGUGGCCUCUGCUUCUGCUUCUGGUUCAGCUUCUGGUGCGAGCUCCUCAUCGUCUCAUGUGGCCUCGGGCGGGAGCUCCAGCUCUUCGACAUCUUCUAGUACAGGGACCACAUCUACCACCAGCCCCAGCUCCACCUUGUCAAGCACUUCUUCCACCACGUCUACUUUCAGCUCCACCUCGCCGACGACAACAACAUCAUCCGCCGCACCGUCAACCACCGUACGCACCGUCAGGGUCUACCAGCGCCUCGUCUACCAGGACAAGGCCCCGGGCUGCAUCAACACCGCCAAGCAAAAGGACGAAGUGGUCAUAAUCCCGGGCCUAAACGCCAGCCCUGGUCCCAAGAACGACUUCGCCACAGGCGCGGCCCAAUGCCAAGGAAUGUGCGACGCCCUACCCAAAUGCGAGAAUUUCUUCUACAGCGUCCCGGCGACAGGGGUUGCCCAGUGCUACCUUGGCCUUAAGGAUUGGGGGGUCGAUUGCCGCCAAGGCUACGUGUCCGUGUUCAGCAGCGGUUCCAAGCUCCUGCGGACGUACAACGUUACCGUCACCACCGGGUCAGGCUCUACGGCUCCCUCCUCGACGGUGAUCAUCUGA